ACUUUAACAACAACAAUAAAAUCUCGCGGAGAAAAAAACAGCAACAACAAGAACAACACCAUCGCCAGGAAGUUUUUUGUGUGGAUGCGAAAGCAAAUAACAAACAUCGCAGAAAGAGGAACAACAACCAAUCAGCAGCAGAAAUAUUGCUUUUUUAAAUAGUCGCAAAAAAGUUUGUCCGUGAACUAGCAUUCGCGAUAUUUACCUGUUUUCACGGGAAUUGAAGUGAAUUUUAACAACUACUGAAUUUAGAAAGUCAAGAAAAGCUACUCUUAUUCCCUUACCAGCGCCAUAGAAUUAGAUCCAUCAGCAGCAGCAAGAAACACAAGAAACGGGUGGAAAAAUUCAACACGGGAAAGGAUUCCAUUUUGAGAGCGAUAAGUGUGAAAAGAAUCGCCCCAGCUACGAAUUUAUUAUUCCCUUCAUCCGCGUACCGUAUUUCAUCAGCUGUUUUAUCGCUUCGCUUAUUAAUUUGUUUGUAAAAUUGUACCGUCGGACGAAUUGGCAAUCAAUAGUCGUCGUCAUUGUCUUGCAACUGUGUUUUUCUUUCGCGCUCCAGUGUGGAAGUCGGUAGACUUUCGAUAUGAGUCUCUCACUCCGACCGGACAUCGAUGCGGGCGGAUUCUUUGUCAACUUUAAUCAGGAUUGCUCAUCUCUGGCUGUUGGUUCGAACAAUGGGUACAGCCUAUUUUCGUUGAACUCUGUCGAUGCCAAUUUGGACCAGAUUUACAAUAGCUAUGGCGAGGAAAUCCGUUUGGUGGAACGUCUGUUCAGCAGCUCGCUUGUAGCUGUUGUUGCGUUGAAUGCUCCGAGGAAGCUGAAGGUUUGCCACUUCAAAAAGGGAACGGAAAUCUGCAACUACUCGUAUUCGAAUACGAUUCUAGCGGUUAAACUUAAUCGAUCUCGUUUGGUGGUCUGUCUGGAAGGAAGUCUGUACAUUCACAACAUACGCGACAUGAAAGUGGUUCACACGAUCCGAGACACCCCACCAAACAAGACGGGUCUCUGUGCGUUGGCUUCCGAUUCUGAUCAUUGCUAUCUGGCUUAUCCUGGCAGCGCCACCGUUGGUGAAGUACAGAUAUUCGACGCCGUUAAUUUGCAUGCUAAAACAAUGAUUCCCGCCCAUGAUUCGCCGCUGGCGGCAAUCGCAUUCAGCCAGAUGGGCACCGAAGUUGCCACGGCCAGCGAAAAAGGAACCGUCAUUCGGGUGUUCUCCGUCAACGAUGGUUCCAAGCUAUUCGAGUUCCGACGUGGCGUCAAGCGAUGCGUGUCGAUUGCGUCGUUGGCAUUCAGUACUUGCUCCAAGUAUCUUUGCUGCAGCUCGAACACGGAAACCGUUCACAUCUUUAAGCUGGAACGCGUGUCUCCGGAAAGCAACGAUCAGGACAGUGGCAAAGACCACUGGAUGGGCUACAUCAGCAAGACCGUUUCGAGCUAUCUACCGCUUCCCUCGCAGGUGAAGGACGUGUUUACGCAGGGCCGUGCGUACGCGUCUGCCGUGCUGCCGGUGGCCGGUUUGAGACAUUCCGCCGUGAUCACUACAAUUCAGAAGGCUCUCAAACUGCUGGUGGCUUCGCAAGACGGUUAUCUGUACGUGUAUCAACUUCCGCUAGAAGGAGGCGAUUGCCAGCUAGUUAAGAAACACGAUCUCCGAAAUGUGGAACCCAUGAACACCCCUCGACCGGAAUCGUUACCGAUCGGGGUCCCAUCGGUGUCACCCCCGGGUGGAGCAAGCUAUGCGGCUGCCCUGAAGGGCGGUGGCUCGUCGGUCUCGUCCAACCCUAGCGGAAUCGGUAGCCUUGAGGAUGAUCAUCAAUUGCACCAACCGCAGCAGUAAUCGGCUUCGAAUUUAACUGGAAUUUACGGUAGUGUUGUAUGGCUUUGAACAAUUUUAUUUAAACAAAUCAGCGACUCCCCAGCCUCAAGGGAGUGGGGAUAUAGAAAACAUAACAAAAAAAAAAUGGCGUGAAUGACGUAUGAUGUGUAAGGACCAUGCAUUGGAAAUCAAAUUAUUGAUCUCGAACCAUCUGUGCCCAGAUACCCUUGGGCACUAACUGGAGGUUGAUCAUUACGCAAAGCUGAAAGCAACAAUUAAUUCAAUCUGUCUUACGAAAUAAUGAUACCUACAUAUAUUUGAAAUCGAUCGUAGGCGUAAAAUAUUGUUCUCCGAUAUAAAAAAAAUAAAGAAAUCACGUUUAGAAGAAGAUAAACCGUUUCCAGAAGUAGGACGCAACGUCUCAGAGGAAAUAGGGGUGAGCAGUUAGUUUCUUUACCAAUAAGUUGCUUUUAAGUUGACUUAGUACGAACAUUGCUAAUGGAAUAAAUUUUUUUAACUGGA